CGAGGCUCCUUCCUCACACUUCGACCUGAGACGAGAACAAAGUGACGCUCAGCCAAAUUUAACUGAUCUGAAUCGAUCUGCUAAUCUCGAUUUUGCACGAGAAUCUGUGCUUAUCACUUGUGUGCUGUUGUUUGUACUUCAGCAUGGCGGUCGUCAUCCGUUUACAGGGCCUAAGAAUCACAGCAGGUUCUGAGGAUAUUCGCAAGUUCUUCACUGGCCUCAGAAUUCCAGAUGGCGGGGUGCAUAUAAUUGGUGGGGAGCGAGAGGAAGCUUUCAUUAUCUUUGCUUCAGAUGAAGAUGCACGAAGAGCCAUGACACGGUCCGGAGGUUGCAUUAAGGGUUCACCGGUUUCAUUGCUACUAAGUAGUAAAGCAGAGAUGCAAAACGUGCUUGAAAGAAGUACAGCAAAUGUAGAGCUAGAUCAGAAGAGGCGUUUUGAGGAGAAUGCAAGACGUGCUACAAGAUCCGUGGACCCUGAAGUGGGCAGGAGAUCAGGGAGCAGAUCUGAUUAUACCCCUCCCCCUCAGCACCAGAGGGCUUCAAGCACUAAUGAUGACUUUGUUUAUGUGUUUCUAAAAGGGUUGCCUUUCUCUGUGACUGAAGCGGAAAUCAGUGACUUUUUCAGUGGUUUACUUAUAGAAGACAUGGUCUUAUUGAAAAAGGCAAAUGGUGCAAAAAAUGGCAGAGGUCUUGUAAAAUUUGCUACAAGAGAGGAUGCAAACGAAGCCCUGAAGAGGGAUAGGAGAUACAUUGGGUCAAGGUAUGUGGAGGUUUCCACGACAACAGCAGACUAUUGGCAUCAGGCUACUGGUAAAGGGUCAGUGGCUGUCAAUGUUGAAAACCGCUUUGAAAGAGACAGAUCCCCAAUUCGCCAUCAGAGGAAUCCACAUCAUGCGAGAUCGCAGUCGCCUUUGGCUCCAAUGACUAUUGCUCCUUCCGAUGACGAGUACUGCGUUUUGAUUGAAAAUCUGUCCUAUGCAGCGGAAAAAGAACACCUAAAACGGCUUUUCCGUAAUGCAAAGCUCGAUGAUGAUCAGAUCCUGCACUUAAUUGGCAACGAUGGGAGAAGAACGAGGUCCGCAUUUGUGCUGUUCAAGAGUCUGCGUGACUAUUGUGAUGCCUUAACUCCUGAAAAAAGGCAAUUUAUGAACCGGAUGAUAUAUACCCGACCAAUCUCAAGAGAGAAAAUGAUUGCCCUUCUGGAAUCUCAAGGCAUGGACGGCGGACCUCCUGGAAACUCAGACACAUUUCAGGAGAGGUCUCCAUCUUACCCCAAAGAUCUGUAUGACUCUGAGAAAGCGUGUGUGUUUGUGAGGAACCUGCCAUUUGAUGUGCGGAAAGUUGAGAUCAUGGACUUCUUCCUUGGGUUUAAUAUCACAGAAGACAAUGUGUGUGUGCUGCGUGACAAUCAAGGUGCUGGAGCUGGGAAGGCUCUGGUUCUCUUCCGGUCUGAGGCGGAUGCUAUGAGUGCACUCUCUCUCAGUGGACAAAGGUUUCUUGGGUCAGAAGUCAUACUGAAAUGCAUUUCACGUUCACAGAUGCGGCAGUUGAGUGUUGAGCCAUCAAUGGUGCAAGAGCCACUGUCAAGAGAGGAGCGGUACUCAGGUAGGAGAGGCGAGGCAUCCUAUCGCCGUGGUGACACUGAAUACUCUGACUUUAGGAAUCCUCAAGAUGGUAGUAUACCAAUGGGUAACACGCAGGGUAACAUCCAUGGAGGUGGUGGUGAUUAUGAGCCCUAUGGAGGAGGCUCAUGUGCUCCACAGGACCGAGGUAAUGGCUUUCGUGGUGGCUUUGGUCCCCCCGUGCAGCAUUUUGAUGGUCCCACCUGUGUACAGCUACUAAACUUGCCAUUCCAGAUCAGAAAUGAAGAAAUCUAUGAUUUCUGCUAUGGAUAUCGCAUUAUCCCUGGAUCUGUCUCACUGCAGUAUGAACCGAGUGGAAAACCGAAAGGCUCUGCGACUGCAGUAUUUGAGUCCCGUCAGGAGGCGUUAACUGCAAUUGAGGAACUGAGUGGAAGACCAAUUGGUCCAAGGAAAAUACAGCUACUACUUGUGUAAAUGUCACAUUGCCAUUCAUGACACCUUACACGGCCUAAUAGUGUUGUCUAGUGUAGUAAAGUUAUGACACCUAACAUGGUCUAGUUUGAUAUGUCCCUGAUUUUGAUGUUUUUGUUGGCAUGGCUUAAUAUGAUUGCGAAUUCAGGUUUAAAUGUUUUUUUCUGAUCGCUUUUUAAAAUUUUUAUUUUUUAUUGUGAUCUGACAAUAUAGUAGGUUGACUAAAUAUAGGCAUUGUUUGCAGUGCUCAAUACUAUAUUUUAAGUUUCCUCAUUGAAAUGGAAAUGUUUUUGUUUAACUUAACUUGCAGCACAAUGUGAAAAAACGUAUGUAAAUUUCAUAUUACUGUACUGUAUGUGGUUGUUGGGAAAAGUGAUGUUUUUAUAAAAAUUCAUAUCUUUUAAA